AGAAUGACUGUGAUUGCUCUGGUUUCGAACGAACGUUCCCAGUCUAAAUAGAUUGGGAGUCGAGCACCGUCAAUGCAGCCUUAGAGUUAAGUGAGACACUAUAAUGGUGGAAGAUUUUUGUAGCAACUUGUUGGUUCAUUUUUAUUUUUUUAGACAUUGACACCUUUUUAAAACGAUAUCUCAAUUCUUGGCAGGAGCGUAUCAGUCACCUUUUGGGAUACAAAGUAUCACGAUAUAUCACCAUUUUGAUAUUUUGUCACACCCCUACUUAUUAGUGUCAAUUGCAGGCAUUGAGGUACGAUGGAUUUUUUUAAAGUGCUACUACUACAACAGGCGGAAGGUUGUGACGAAGAGCGCGGAUACCCUCUACUGGUUAACUUCUAACCUACAGGCAAAUAUACAUUUGCAUGUUUGUUUUUUAAAUGAACUACCAAAAUAGUCACUUGCCCUAUAAAGGGUUAGUUGCACAUUCGUUUUGACAGCCUAUGUGAUUACUAUACAUUUUGAAAGUGGCAGUUUUUCGGAUUACUAGUGUUUCUAGUCAUUGAAAUUGGGAGAGCCGAUUUGAAUGCAAACGUUUUGUUGAGAAGGUUGUCGGGACGACUUCAAUUUGUAUGUCAAGGUAGUACUGUACGUGGUUUCAGAAUGUGAACAUUUGUUGGAAAUUCCAAUCGGUCAAGUGAAACAUAUAUACACUUUGACUUGCGUUUUAGCGUCUGGGGCAUUUUCUCUUCGAAUGAGUCCAAAUGGCUGGUGUCCAAUCAGAGUCUUGUCAUUGCUCACUUUUUUAUACACUACUCAGACGCCAGUGCCUAUGUGCUAUGUAUACGCGCGGGCAACGUCACUCGUGGCUUAAAAAAAUAAACAUUUAACGUACGAACAAAAAGGGUUGUCUGCUUAGCCCAAGCCCGUGUUGUCGCUCCCGUGUUUGUCUCCCGAACGCCGAGUAAGAAGCCAAAAGUGUGUCCGAGUGACGACAAUGAUUCAGCGAGUUGCUCUACGCGUCAGGGCUUGCUAGCGGUAGCUGGCCAGCUAGCGCGUGUUACGGCCGUCUGAUGAUGAGGAUGAGUCGGGGUGACGUGACUCAAACAUGCUGUUAAUCGGCCGUUUACAAAUCCACAUCUGAGCUUCAAAUCGAUCACCAACCAUGAAGGUGGACAGAAGCAAGCUGAAGAAAACGCCGACAGAAGCUCCUGCUGAUUGUAGGAUACUUAUAGAUAAACUGAAAGCAUGCAGUGAUGAUCAACUGCUUGUUGAACUCCAACACAUCAAGACCUGGAAUAUUGGCAAGUGCGAGUUGUACCACUGGGUGGAUCUGCUAGACCGCUUCGAUGGCAUUCUGUGCGAUGCAGGCCAGACAGUGGAGAAUAUGUCAUGGCUGCUGGUGUGUGACCGGCCAGACAACAGCCAGCUCAAAGCCUUGCUUUUGGCAGUGCUUAACUUUACAGCGUUGCUCAUUGAGUACAGCUUCUCCAGGCACCUCUACAGUUCCAUAGAGCACUUAACCACCUUAUUGGCAUCAUGUGACAUGCAAGUUGUCCUGUCUGUGCUGAACCUCCUCUAUGUGUUCAGUAAGCGGUCCAACUACAUUACAAGGCUAGGCUCUGACAAAAGAACCCCUCUCCUGGCACGUCUGCAACAUCUGGCUGAGAGCUGGGGAGGAAAGGAGAAUGGUUUUGGCCUCGCCGAGUGCUGCAGGGAUCUUCUAAUGACUAAGUACCCUCCCAGUGCCACAACACUGCACUUUGAGUUCUAUGCUGAGCCGGGCUCUGAGGUCAAAGUGGAGAGGAAGACGAGCAGCAACACAUUACACUAUAUCCAUAUUGAGCAACUUGACAAGAUUUCAGACAGUCCAUCUGAAAUCAUGGAGUCGCUCACGGUGAUGUACAACAUACCUAAAGACAAGCAGACGCUGCUUUUCACACACAUUCGACUGGCUCAUGGCUUUUCAAAUCACAAGAAGAGACUGCAAGCCGUGCAAGCCAGACUGCACGCCAUCUCAAUACUGGUGUAUUCAAAUGCACUUGGCGAGUCCACGAAUAGCAUUCUAUAUAAUGGCUUGAUAGAGGAGCUGGUGGAUGUCUUGCAGAUUACAGACAAACAACUAGUGGAUAUCAAGGCGGCAUCUCUGCGCACUUUAACAUCCAUUGUCCAUUUGGAGAGAACGCCCAAACUUUCCAACAUCAUUGACUGCACAGGCACUGCCUCCUACCAUGGCUUCUUGCCUGUGUUGGUGCGCAACUGUAUACAAGCAAUGAUCGAUCCUUUGAUGGACCCUUACCCACAUCAGUUUGCCACAGCACUCUUUUCUUUCCUUUAUCAUUUGGCCAGCUAUGAUGCUGGGGGUGAAGCCCUUGUCUCUUGUGGAAUGAUGGAAGCUCUGUUGAAGGUAAUCAAAUUUCUCGGUGAUGAGCAGGAUCAGAUCACUUUUGUAACAAGAGCGGUCCGGGUCGUGGACCUCAUCACCAACCUCGACAUGGCUGCCUUCCAGUCACACAGCGGCCUUUCCAUUUUCAUCUGCAGACUGGAGCAUGAGGUGGACCUGUCAAGGAAAGAGUGCCCGUUCGUCAUUAAGCCAAAGAUCCGAAGGCCAAGGCCUACUGUAGAUGCUGAAGACAUGGACACUUACAUGGAGACAUUGGAUGUUACCAUGGAAAGCAGCCCUGCGCCGUCAACAUCUUCUGCUUUCAGACCAGAAAUAGAGCAGAGAGUACAGAGCAGCACUGCAGGCACGCCCCGUGCAGGCAUGCAAUGUAUUCCCCAGAGGGCAGCUCUUUUAAAGUCGAUGCUAAAUUUCCUGAAGAAAGCCAUCCAAGACCCUGCCUUUUCUGAUGGCAUCCGCCAUGUAAUGGAUGGAUCCUUGCCUACCUCACUAAAGCACAUCAUCAGUAAUGCAGAAUACUACGGACCCUCACUGUUUCUUCUUGCAACCGAGGUUGUGACGGUGUUUGUGUUCCAAGAGCCAUCUCUGCUUUCCUCCUUGCAGGACAAUGGCCUUACUGAUGUUAUGCUCCAUGCCCUUCUCAUCAAAGAUGUUCCUGCUACACGUGAAGUCUUGGGAUCGCUCCCAAAUGUGUUCAGUGCCUUGUGCCUGAAUGCCAGAGGCCUCCUCUCAUUCGUUCAGUGUCAGCCCUUUGAGCGCCUCUUCAAAGUGCUGUUGUCCCCCGACUAUCUACCUGCCAUGCGACGGCGACGCAGUUCUGACCCAUUGGGGGACACGGCAUCAAAUUUGGGAAGUGCUGUAGAUGAGUUAAUGAGACACCAACCAACUUUAAAGACAGAUGCUACUACUGCAAUCAUUAAGUUACUGGAGGAGAUAUGCAACUUAGGCCGAGCUCCCGAAUAUGUCUGCCAAAAACCAUCUAUCCAGAAAGCUGAUGGUACUGUGGCUGUGCCACCAGCACGCUCUAGCCACGCUGCCGAAGAAGCUUCAAGUGAGGAUGAAGAGGAAGAGGAGGCCCUCCACACAUUUAGCCAGCAGCAGGGGGAAGCAGAGAGCAACAGACAGGUGGUUGGAACUGAGGAGCGGAUACCUAUCCCUUUAAUGGACUACAUUUUAAAUGUGAUGAAGUUCGUAGAAUCCAUACUUAGCAACAACACCACAGAUGACCACUGUCAGGAAUUUGUGAACCAGAAGGGGCUGCUACCUCUGGUCUCUAUUCUGGGGUUGCCCAACCUGCCCAUAGAUUUUCCCACCUCAGCGGCCUGCCAAGCUGUUGCUGGUGUGUGCAAGUCAAUUUUGACACUCUCGCAUGAGCCUAAAGUACUUCAGGAGGGAUUGUGCCAACUGGACACUAUUCUAACAUCGCUGGAGCCCCUACAUCGGCCAAUUGAGGUCCCCGGUGGAUCCGUGCUCUUGAGGGAGUUGGCUAAUGCCGGCCAUGUCACUGACGCCACGUUGUCUGCUCGGGCGACGCCACUGCUACAUGCGCUGACUGCAGCACAUGCCUACAUCCUAAUGUUUGUGCACACUUGCCGUGUAGGACAGAGCGAGAUCAGGGCAAUAUCUGUCAAUCAGUGGGGAUCCCAGUUGGGCUUGAGUGUUCUCAACAAGUUGAGUCAGCUCUACUGUUCACUGGUGUGGGAAAGUACGGUUCUGCUCUCCCUUUGCACGCCUAACAGCCUGCCUCCAGGUUGCGAGUUUGGGCAAGCAGACAUGCAGAAACUCUUACCCAAAGAGGAAAAACCCUCUAAUACGGCAGCAACUACAACAAACCCUGGUCCCAAGAGAGCUGAGUCUGAGGCAGUAGAGUCGACUAGUAGUGGACUGCUGGAAGGCAUGGGUUUAGAUGGCGAUAGCUUGGCUCCCAUGGAGACAGACGAGCCCACCUCAACAGACCCUAAGGCCAAGUCCAAGCUGACCCCAGCAAUGGCCACACGCAUUAAACAAAUUAAACCCCUUCUCUCUGCAUCAUCUCGGCUGGGCAGGGCACUUGCUGAGCUCUUUGGCCUGUUGGUGAAGUUGUGUGUUGGCUCCCCGGUGCGUCAACGCCGCUCCCACCAUGCCACAAGCACAGGCACUACACCCACACCUGCUGCCCGAGCCACUGCCUCUGCACUCACAAAGCUCCUCACCAAAGGACUGAGUUGGCAGCCCCCACCCUAUACACCAACUCCUCGGUUUAGGCUCACUUUCUUCAUCUGCUCUGUUGGCUUUACAUCGCCUAUGUUGUUUGAUGAGAGAAAGUACCCAUACCACCUAAUGCUUCAAAAGUUUUUCUGCUCUGGUGGACACGAUGCCUUAUUUGAGACAUUCAACUGGGCCUUGUCAAUGGGUGGAAAGGUCCCUGUUUCAGAGGGUCUGGAGCAUAUGGAACUACCAGAUGGGACAGGAGAGUUCCUGGAUGCUUGGUUGAUGCUGGUGGAGAAGAUGGUGAAUCCAAGUACUGUGCUGGACUCGCCACAUUCUUUGCCAGCGAAAAUGCCUGGGGUCACGCCAACCACGCCCCAGUUCAGUGCACUUCGGUUUCUCAUCGUUACCCAGAAGGCAGCAUUCAGCUGCAUCCGCAGUCUUUGGAACAGGAAGCCUCUUAAAGUUUAUGGAGGUAGGAUGGCUGAAUCCAUGCUUGCCAUCCUGUGCCACAUCCUGCGGGGAGAGCCAGUCAUCCAGGAGCGCCUGGCCAAGGAGAGAGAGGGUACAGUGCGACCAGAUGAUGAGGGCACUCCUUCUGCUUCUCUGGGACAAAGUGGAGCCCCUGGUGCAUCUACCACCAGUGGAGAGACACCAGCAGCCACUGCACCACCUGCCGGCGCGCCAGCUGGGGGAUCAGCUGAGGAGUCAACUAAUCCCACACAGAGACGGGAGCCCCAGGUUAACCAGGCUCAGCUUACGCAGCUGAUAGAUAUGGGUUUCUCAAGAGAACAUGCAAUGGAGGCCCUAGUGAACACCAGUACCAUGGAGCAAGCCACAGAAUAUCUCCUUACACACCCUCCUCCUCACCUUGGGGGAGCAGUAAGGGAUCUUUCCAUGUCCGAAGAGGACCAAAUGAUGCGAGCAAUUGCAAUGUCGCUCGGCCAGGAAGUCAACAUGGAGCAACGUUCUGACUCGCCCGAGGAAGCAGCACGGCGGCGUGAGGAAGAGGACAGGAGAGCUAGGGAACGAGCAGAGGAAGAAGAGGCCCGCUGCUUGGAGCGUUUCAUGGAGGCUGAACCCCUUGAUCCACAAGAGCUGCAUGCCUUCACAGAUGCGAUGCUUCCUGGCUGCUUCCACCUUCUGGAUGAGCUGCCUGACACGGUCUACCGGCUCUGUGACCUGCUUAUGACUGCCAUCAAGAGGAGUGGCCCGGAGUACAGAGACCUCAUCCUUGGCCAGGUUGUCGACCAGGUGUGGGAUGCAGCAGAUGUGCUGAUCAAGGCAGCUGUGCCUCUGACAACCAGUGACACAAAGACUGUGUCUGAAUGGACUAAACAGAUGGCUACACUACCCCAAGCAUCAAAGCUGGCUACUCGAAUUCUGCUGCUCACGUUGCUAUUUGAGGAACUGAAGCUUAUGUGCACCACAGUAGUAGAAAGAAGUGGCAUCCUUGAUUUGCUGAUUAAGCUGCUAGAAGUGGUUCAGCCUUGUUUGCAGGCAGCUAAGGAACAGAAAGACAUACAGACACCAAAGUGGAUUACCCCAGUUCUAUUGAUUAUUGACUUUUAUGAGAAAAUGGCAGUGUCUUCAAAACGCAGAUCACAAAUGAACAAGUAUCUUCAGCCUAAUGGGAAUAACUGGAGAUGGUUUGAUGAUCGCUCAGGCCGUUGGUGCAGUUACAGCGCCUCCAACAACAGCACUAUCGACUCGGCAUGGCGAGCUGGGGAAAGCAGUGUCCGCUUCACAGCUGGACGCAGACGAUAUACUGUUCAAUUUAACAACAUGGUGCAGGUCAAUGAAGAGACGGGGAACCGACGGCCAGUGAUGUUGACUGUUCAAAGAGUUCCACGUUUGCCCAAACCUGCUAAGAGCGGCUGCAUUACAGACACCGAGAGAGAAGAGGGAGAUAAGUGUAAAGCAGAAGAGACGCAGACAGAUAUAGACUCUGUGGCAACAGUAGAAAUGAGUGCCCCCAAGGAUGCUUCCUGUCAGCUUAAGGAUGUAACUUCUGGCCCUACAACUUCCCAAGAAUCUGACUCCAUUCAAGGCUCUAAUGUCGUCGGCUUGAGUGACGACAUGACCACUGUUCUCAUCCGCUCUUGUGUCAGCAUGAUUAGUGUCCCCGUGGACCCGGACACUCUCCAUGCUACACUUAGGCUUUGUUUGCGAUUGACACGAAAUCACCACUAUGCCAUGAUGUUUGCUGAGCUGAAAAGCACUCGAAUGAUUCUUGGGCUGACGCAGACAUCAGGAUUCAAUGGCUUCACUCCUCUUGUUACGCUGCUCUUCAGGCACAUUAUAGAAGAUCCAGCUACUCUUCGUCACACUAUGGAAAAGGUGGUGAGAUCGGCUGUGACAAGUGGAGCAGGCAGCACCACCUCAGGAGUGGUGUCGGGCAGCCUCGGCUCAAGGGAAAUUAAUUAUAUCCUACGCGUCUUGGGCCCCGCUGCCUGCCGUAACCCUGAGUGCUUUGCUGAAACUGCUAGCAAUUGUGUCCGUAUUGCCCUGCCGGCACCCCGUGGAGCUGGCACAGCCUCUGAUGACGAGUUUGAAAAUCUUCGUAUCAAGGGGCCUAAUGCCGUACAACUAGUAAAAACAACUCCACUGAAAUUGUCCCCGUUACCUUCCAUUCCUGACACUAUCAAGGAGGUGAUAUACGACAUGCUCAACGCCUUGGCCGCAUACCAUGCGCCAGAAGAACCUGAACGUCCAGAAGAACGUGUGGCAGCUGUUCCUGGUGGUCAAGACCUUUGUCAGAUAUUGCAAGAUGUCGGUGAUGACGUUUACCAGCAGUACCGUCUCACACGACAGGGCAGUGACUUUGACUCCCAGUCUGCAUUCCAUAUCAAUACUCAAGUUUUUGCUGCGGAUGGAGCUGUGGCAGAGUCAUCACAAUCUGGCACACCGCAAGGAGAAGCCUCUACGCCUGAGGAAAUGCGAGAGGAAAAGAAAGAGCAAGAGGGAGAUAAGAGUAGCAGCUCAGAGGAGGCUAAAGCUGCGAAGUUAAAGGCAAGCAAACCUUUAAUGCCAACCUCCACCAUCCUGAGACUGCUGGCUGAGCUGGUGCGCUCCUAUGUUGGCAUUGCCACACUAAUUGCCUCUUACUGCUACACUGCAGGACAGUCUGAGCUCAUCAAGGAGGAUUGCAGUGUACUAGCUUUUGUGCUCGACCACUUGCUGCCUCACACUCAGAAUUCAGAGGACAAGGACACCCCAGCCUUGGCCCGUCUUUUCCUUGCCAGCCUUGCAGCUGCUGGCACUGGCACUGAUGCCCAGGUUGCUCUGGUUACUGAGGUGAAGGCUGCUCUUAGUCGGGCUUUAGGAAUGACAGAAGGAGCUGAAAAACAUGCUAGGCUUCAGGCAGUGAUGUGCAUUAUCAGUACCAUCAUGGAAUCAUGUCCCUCGACAUCCAGUUUCUAUAGCACAGCAGCAGCCAAGACGCAACACAAUGGCAUGAAUAAUAUCAUCCGGCUAUUUCUCAAGAAAGGACUGGUCAGUGACUUGGCCCGUGUGCCUCAUAGUUUGGAUUUGUCGAGCCCCAACAUGGCCAACACAGUGAAUGCUGCCCUCAAGCCUCUAGAGACUUUGUCCCGCAUUGUUAACCAGCCCAGCAGUUUGUUUGGGAGUAAAGGAUGCUCUAGCAAGAACAAGACCGAGCAUGACAAUGUGGGGGUCGCUCGGGAUAGCAACAGCAACACUCAAGAUCAAGGUGAAUCUGGCGAGGCAGAGCCAGUGGAGGACAAUCACAGGGUGCAGGGAGCAGACAGUGAUUUGAUGGAUGGAGAAACAGAAGGAGAUACAGUGGUAAUUGCUGGUCAGCCAGAGGUUCUCAGCACACAGGCAAUGCAGGUGGAGAAUGAGUUGGUGGAUUUGAUUGAUGAGCUCCUUGAGAGAGACGGCGGUACUGUCAAUAGUACAAUCAUUGUCGGGCAAAGUGCUGAGGAUGAAUCGCAAGAGGAUGUGCUGAUGGAAGAGGCCCCCUCCAAUAUUAGCCAGGCAUCCACUCUCCAGGCAAACCGAGAAGACUCCAUGAAUAUCCUGGAACCCGAGGAUGAGGAACAUACACAAGAGGAAGACUCCAGUGGCAGCAAUGAUGAUGAUGACAGCCAAGAUGAAGAGGAGGAAGAGGAGGAAGAGGAGGAGGACCCGGAUGAUGAGGAAGGAGAUGAGGAUGAUGAUGAUGAAGGUUCAGAGAUGGAGUUGGAUGAGGAUUUCCCUGACAUCAAUGCUGCUCCUCAUAUCCGCUUUGAGCGAUUCGACAGGGAUGAUGACCUCAUCAUCGAGUUUGACAACAUGUUUUCCAACAGCGCCGACAUUCCUCCUUCCCCAGGCAACAUCCCUAGCUCCCACCCACUCAUGGUGCGCCAUGCUGACCAUGGUUCCCUCACCCUCGGUGUAGCAGGCACAAGCAGCCGUCUAGCACAAGGCAUGGGUCGCAGCCAGCGGACACUUAGGCAGCUCACUGCCAACAGUGGGCACACCAUUCAUGUCCACUAUCCUGGAAACCGCCAGCCGAAUCCUCCACUCAUCCUGCAGCGGUUGUUGGGCCCAAGUGCAGCAGCAGACAUUUUACAACUGUCCAGCUCCCUUCCUCUGCAAUCUCGUGGUCGAGCUCGACUUUUGGUCGGCAAUGAGGAUGUUCACAUCAUUGCACGUUCCGAUGACGAAUUCGAUGACUUUUUCCAUGAGCAGAGCAGCACGGGAGGUCAAGCAGGAACCCUCUCAAGCAUUCCUACUGCCUUAACUAGAUGGACAGAUGAAUGUAAAGUGCUGGAUGCUGAAAGUAUGCACGACUGCGUAGCAGUUGUGAAGGUGCCAAUCCUUCAGCAUCUGGAAGGUUUGCGAGAUGAGGAGUUAGAAGAGCGACGGGAGAAGCGAAGGCGGCAGUUGGCUGAGGAGGAGGAGUUCAAACAAAAUGAGCAAAGGGCCUCUGGAGCAGAACAGACCAGAGAGCAGAGCCUGCAGGGUUCUGGAUUGGUGACAACUAAUGGUGCAGAAAGCAAUGCAGAGGGUGAGCAGUCUCAAGGAGGUGCAGUGCAAUGUCUGGACCCGCCCAGGGUAUCAGAAGGCUUCCUCACUGCGCCCCCUUCUGGAGAGGUUACACCCACCACCCCAGCUCCACAUGAACAGGCCCUAGUUUCCUUGGAAACCGCAAUUAAUCAACAAGUCCACCAACCGAUGGCUGGUCUACUAUUGGCUGAGUCUCACGCCAGCUCAUUGGCCGCGCUGGCAGGGGCGCGCCUUCCGCCUUUGUCUGCAGCUGACAGACUAAACAGUGAAGCAGAAGCAUCUCAGAUGGAAAUGUCUCCAGCACCCACAAUCGGUGAGAGAGGCAGUGGAGGAGAAAGUGGUGAUGGUGGUGGUGGUGGAGGAGCGUUGGAUGAAGGCAGGGAAGCCUCAAGCCCGGAUAUUGCUGAAACUUCAGAACCUACAGUAGUUGGUGUGUCACGACUGGAGGGGUCACCAAUGGAUACCAGCAGUCCAGCAUCUGCCACGCAAGAAGACACAGUUCCCAACCCUGCCCAGACUGCUCUUGUUUCUCAGGAUCUGUCUGGAAGCGUUGAGAGCGGCUUGACUGACAGGCAGACUGAUGCAGAGACUGGCUCAACUUCAGUCUCGUCUGCUACGGAAGCAAUUCUCCGGAGUGACAGUGCUGACAGCCAAUCCCAGGCUAUCCAAGAAGAACCUCUCCCAUCCACAAGCAAUGAAGAAGAGGACCCACUAGCAGGAAUCAGUCUCCCAGAAGGCGUAGACCCAUCUUUUCUGGCAGCUCUUCCUGAGGACAUUCGUAGGGAGGUCCUUCAAAAUCAGUUGGGAAUCCGACCACCAUCCCGCUCAGCUGUUGCUACCACCCUGCCUCCUUCUACUGCACCUGUACUAACAGGACCAGGGGUUACGGAGGUUAGCCCCGAGUUCCUUGCUGCAUUGCCCCCUGCCAUACAAGAGGAGGUCCUUGCCCAGCAACGAGCCGAACAGCAACGCAGGGAGGUUUCCCAACAGCCUACACAGGGCGACACUCCUUUGGACCCAGUUACCUUCAUCCAGACGCUGCCCUCGGAGCUCCGACGUAGUGUGCUGGAGGACAUGGAGGACAGCGUGUUAGCAGUCAUGCCACCCGACAUUGCAGCCGAAGCGGCAGCAUUGCGCCGAGAACAAGAGGCGCGACAGAGGCAGUUGAUGCAUGAGAGGCUCUUUGGUCAUAGCUCAACAUCAGCUCUAUCGGCCAUCUUGCGCUCGCCAGCUUUCACCAGUAGGUUAGGGAGCAAUCGUGGCGUCCAGUACACCCGGCUGGCUGUCCAGAGAGGAGGCACAUUUCAAAUGGGAGGCAGCUCUAACCACAGACCAACGAGUUCGAGUGUGGACUCUUUAUUGCGUCUGCGCGGUCGAUUGUUGCUGGACCACGAGGCCUUGUCCUGUCUGCUGGUGUUGCUGUUUGUGGACGAGCCAAAGCUGAACACCAGCCGACUACACCGUGUGCUCAGGAAUCUUUGCUACCACUCUCAGACUCGUGGGUGGGUCAUUCGUAGCCUCUUGUCCAUCCUCCAGCGCAGCAGUGAGAGCGAGGUCUGCGUGGAGACCACUCGUCUCGAAGAUUCUCGUGGGAAAAGGGGCGCCCAAGGAGGUUGCGGGGGGAAAGUUUCCUCGACUUCCUCCCUCUGUUCUUCGUCCUCGUCGUCGUCCUCUUCGGCUUCUUCCCUCGAGCUUCUGAACAGAGUAGAAUCUCGCAGUUCAAGCCAACUUUCUUGGCUCUCUGUGUCUAUGGAUGCGGCUUUGGGCUGCCGGACUAACAUCUUCCAGAUCCAACGAGUAUCUAGUAGGAAACAUGCUGACCGGCACUCGGCUGCGGGUUCUGCAGCAUCUGGAGCCCUGGGGGGAGGUGUGUCCGGAGCUGCCACAGGAGUCACGUGUGCGGGAGGUGGAGGCUCCACUGUACACAUCCACCCGCAAGCUGCUCCUGUGGUGUGUCGACAUGUGUUAGACACACUCAUCCAGCUUGCAAAGGUUUUCCCCAGCCACUUCACUCAGCAGCGUUGUAAAGAUCUGUCCGUGUCAUCCUCUGACUUGGAGGCUCGUCUAUGUUCAAGUUCCUCAGGCGUAGCUGCUUUGGGUGGAGGACCAAGGUCAAGUUCACAGGGUCAGAACAACCCAAACUCCUCCAAUGCUUCCAGUGCACAGAAUGCUUUUGGCUCCUCGGCCAUCACUCCCCAGUCUCUGGGAAUCUCAACUGAUUUUUGGGACCUGCUUGUGAAGCUGGACAACAUGAAUGUCAGUCGCAAAGGAAAAGCCUCAAUGAAGACCGUGCCUUUAGGGGGCAACGCAGAGUCCGAGGGACUCCAGUUAAGCCUGGAGACCUCCCCUCUUGGUCAGUUGAUGAACAUGCUGUCCCAUCCCGUGAUCAGGCGUAGCUCCUUGCUCACUGAAAAGCUGCUACGUCUGCUCUCUCUCAUAUCCAUCGCCCUGCCUGACAAUAAGGCCACAGAGGCACCUGCUGGCCACGCUACUCCGCAGGCGGCCGACCCCAUUAUCAGAUCAGGAUCAAUAGCCCCAGUCAGUACACAGGUUGCGGCAGCAUCAAGCAUCCAGCCCACUGUCGUGGGCACCGUCACCUCGGGGGCAUCUGGGAAUCAGAGCACUUCCUCAGGGACAAGUCUAUUAAUGUUUGCAACGUCCACACCAUUAUCGACAUCCACUGGAACAGUCUUCACAGCCAAAAAGAGCACUUCGAACAGCACAGAGAAUGACAAUAAGAUUGCUUCCGCUGGACUUACGGAGAAACAACUUCAGCUUUCGGUGGAGGUGUUGACUUCUCAUUCGUGUUCAGAGGAGGGUCUAGAAGACGCAGCUAACAUUUUACUUCAGUUAUCCAGAGGAGAUGGUUCCACCAGAGACACUGUGCUCAGACUGCUGCUCAGUGGUGCAAGACACCUUGGUUAUACCCUUUGCAAACAAAUUGGUACACUACUGGCGGAACUUCGAGAGUAUAACUUAGAGCAGCAGAGGCGAGCACACGCAGAAUCUCAUUCACCCGAUGCACCUCCUGAUGAUACCUCCAUCUCUGCCAGACUGAAGGGCAAAAUGACCAGCAGGUUCGAUGGAGCUGAAAGUGUGGUGAUUGUGGCUGCACAGAAGCGGACGCUUGGCGGACGAGAACUACAACUCCCCUGCAUGAGUUCAUUGACCUCUAAGACAUCGACGCAGAAAUUUUUCCUGCGAGUGCUGCAGGUUAUUAUCCAGCUGCGUGAGGACACGCGACGUGCCAACAAGAAAGCCAAACAGACUGGGCGAAUAGGCUCCUCAAGCCUGGGUUCCGCCAGCAGCAUUCAGGCCGCCGUCCGUCAACUGGAGGCGGAGGCCGAUGCUAUCAUUCAGAUGGUGAGAGAGGGUCAGCGGGCACGAAGGCUCACGCAGACGCCACCGCCCACUGCCGCCUCUGCCGCCGCCGCCACCGCCGGAUCGUCAGUCCCGGCGUCUCAUGCCCCCGCUGGUGCUGCUCCCCCUGCUGGCACAGCUGCUGCCGCCACGUCUGACAUGCAGUCUGUGUCAGAGGCUCAGGCAGCUCAGAGAGAUGACUCGCCAAUGGAUGUGGACCAGCCGUCUAUGGAGCUGGACUCGUCAACUCUUGAUGAAGAAGGAAAUGGGCAGUCCGAGAGUGAGGAAAAACUCCCAGACCUCCCUCUGCUCAGCGAACAGCUCCUGCUGGAUGAGCUGUGGGACAUGCUUGGCGAAUGCUUGAAAGAGUUGGAAGAAUCCCAUGACCAGCAUGCUGUGUUGGUUCUCCAGCCUGCUGUGGAAGCAUUCUUCCUCGUGCACGCAACCGAGCGAGAGAGCAAACCCCCGGUUCGGGACACUCGGGAGAGUCAGCUUUCUCACAUCAAAGAUGAGCCUCCGCCGCUGUCUCCAGCACCGCUGACACCUGCGACACCGUCAUCCCUAGACCCUUUCUUCUCCCGGGAACCCUCCUCCAUGCACAUCUCUUCAAAUCUGCCACCCGACACCCAGAAGUUCCUCAGAUUUGCCGAAACUCACCGCACAGUACUCAAUCAGAUCCUUCGUCAGUCCACCACUCAUUUGGCUGACGGACCCUUUGCAGUUUUGGUUGACUACAUACGCAUCCUGGACUUUGAUGUGAAGAGGAAGUAUUUCCGCCAGGAGCUGGAACGCCUCGAUGAAGGCCUUCGAAAAGAGGACAUGGCCGUGCAUGUGAGAAGAGAUCAUGUGUUUGAAGACUCCUACAGAGAACUACACCGCAAAAGUCCCGAGGACAUGAAGAACAGGCUGUACAUUGUCUUUGAAGGAGAGGAGGGCCAGGAUGCCGGCGGCCUGCUGAGAGAGUGGUACAUGAUCAUCUCCCGCGAGAUGUUCAACCCCAUGUACGCCCUUUUCCGCACGUCGCCCGGAGAUAGGGUCACCUACACCAUCAAUCCCUCGUCCCACUGCAACCCCAACCACCUGAGCUACUUCAAAUUCGUGGGCCGAGUGGUGGCCAAGGCUGUCUACGAUAACCGGUUAUUGGAGUGCUACUUCACUCGCAGCUUUUACAAGCACAUCCUGGGCAAGAGUGUCAGGUACACUGACAUGGAGAGUGAGGACUACCCCUUCUUCCAGGGUUUGGUGUACCUGUUGGAGAAUGAUGUCUCCACCUUGGGCUAUGAGCUCACAUUCAGCACAGAGGUCCAAGAGUUUGGUGUAUGUGAAGUAAGGGACCUCAAGCCAAAUGGUGCAAACAUUCUGGUCACGGAAGAAAACAAAAAAGAAUAUGUGCACCUAGUUUGCCAGAUGAAGAUGACAGGUGCGAUCCGCAAGCAGUUGGCGGCUUUCCUCGAGGGCUUCUAUGAGAUCAUCCCCAAGAGGCUGAUCUCCAUCUUCACUGAGCAGGAGUUAGAGCUGCUCAUCUCUGGCUUGCCCACGAUUGACAUUGAUGACCUCAAGGCCAACACGGAAUACCACAAAUACCAGUCUAGCUCCAUCCAGAUCCAGUGGUUCUGGAGGGCCUUGCGCUCCUUUGACCAAGCGGACCGAGCAAAGUUCUUACAGUUUGUCACCGGUACAUCCAAAGUGCCGCUCCAGGGUUUCGCUGCGCUGGAGGGAAUGAACGGCAUUCAGAAGUUCCAAAUCCACCGUGACGAUCGCUCCACAGACCGCUUGCCCUCUGCUCACACUUGUUUCAACCAGCUGGACCUCCCUGCCUAUGAGAGCUAUGAGAAGUUGAGACAUAUGCUGCUGCUGGCCAUCCAGGAGUGCUCUGAGGGAUUUGGCCUGGCUUAAUCGUCGAGACUUUCAGACACACACACACACACAUGCAUCCACAAAUACCUGAAUCACAUUUGACUACUCAUCAUUGUUAGUUUUGGACGCACACACCCCGCAUAGAUAUGACUGGAUUACCUUUUGAAUGGCCAAGAUCGACUGUGUUCCAGUUCAUACAGAACAUAGUUAUUAUAGUUAUUAAAUACAACAUGGAGAGUCUCAAGUGAUAUAUACACACACACAAACAUGCUUGUUUUGUCCUUCCCCACCAAGUUAAAUGGAAGGGGCAGAUGCAAUUGCUAAAACACGGACUAAUAUAAGAGACGUUUUCUUCAUCUAGUUUGAUUUUCUCUGUACAAAAGGUUUGGGAGUUUAUUGUUUCAACUUUUUUUGUUCCUCUGGUUAUGUAAAAAGAAAAAAUAUGUGUGAACAGGAUGGUUAUAAAACCUUUGGGGAAACA